ACUUUGUGGGACCUUGCUAUAGCUGAAGUGGAGAAGAGAGAAAACCCUGACGACAAUGGCAAGCAUGUGGAAGUUUGGGAAAAAUCAGUAUUAUUUAUGGGAAGCAAAAACGGGGGAAAGACCACCAUUAUACUGAGGUGUCUUGAGAGAGAAGAGAUUCCGAAGCCAACAUUAGCCUUGGAAUAUACUUUUGGAAGAAGAGCAAGGAGACACAAUACACCUAAAGAUAUAGCUCAUUUUUGGGAACUAGGUGGUGGAACCUCAUUACUGGAACUGAUUCGAAUACCAAUCACUAGCAACAACAUAAGGUCACUUGCUGUAGUUCUUGUAUUGGAUUUGUCCAAACCUAACGAACUCUGGACUACUAUGGAGAAACUUCUGCAGGUCACCAGGAACCACGUGAACAAAAUUUUAACAAAACUACAAAAGACAAAUCCUGAAGUAGCUACUGAAAUUAAACAGAGGAUGCGGAACAAUCUGCAGAGGGAUCAUCCAGAUUAUGAGUUAGUUGACCCUUUUCCAGUACCCUUGGUGAUAAUUGGAAGCAAAUACGAUAUUUUUCAUGAGUUUGACUCUGAAAUGAGGAAAAUAAUAAGCAAGACACUUCGAUUUGUUUCACAUUAUUAUGGAGCAUCAUUAGUGGUCAUAAUGUAUAUUUGUUUUCUGAUUCAUGUAGUGGCAUUUGGCUGCGAUAAAAGCAAGUCUGUAUCAGUGGAUCACAGCAAACCUCUGUUUAUACCAGCAGGCCUGGACUCGCUGAGCCAAAUAGGACCACCACCCGCCUCUGAUAGUGAUUUUGGAAAGAUGCGUGCAAACACACCGUUGGAACUGUGGAAGAAAGUAUUUGAGAAAACAUUUCCUCCCAAGAGCUUCUGCGAUUUACAAGAUACCAAGGACCCUGCACAGGAUUUACGAUAUGCCGAGUAUGAAGUUGAUGUCAUGAGAGCUCAGAAAAACCAGGAACUUGAACAAUACAGAAGAAAUGCCUCUAAAUCCUGGAAAGAAAUGGAUUUUGACCCCGACUGA